AUGGAGGCGGCGCCCAUAAAAUCACAGCCAUUGCACAACUUCUCUUUGCCCCAACUCAAAUGGGCGCACAAGAACUCCACCUCACAACAUCACCGCUUCCGCCGCCGCGAUUCCCCCGACAACCGCCACCCUGAUCCUGAUUCGUGCUCCGAGAGCCGACCCGUUAAGACUAGAGCGGAACAGCCCCCCACUAUUUCGAAAAGUCCACCACAAAAUCGUGUUGUUUGUGCCGAUGAGGAGGAUAAUUGGGGGGGCAAGCCGUGGCAUUUGAGGCCGAGGAAGGAGGUCAAGGCGGCGGCGGCCAAGAGAGAAACAACAGUAGAAAAUAGCAGAAUCAAUAGCACUACUAGUGCUGUAAAGUCAAACAGGCUGAGGGGCUGGGCGGAAGGAGGGCAGCAGAAUGAAGGCUUGGACCCAAGAAGAGAUCCAAAAACAUUCAGAAACAACUCGAUGGUGUAUUUCCGGGAUUGUAUUUGGUGGGGCUUACAACUGACUCAUACAGGGUUCAUGAUGCUCUCAAGUAGAUUGAAGAAGGUAGAUGAAGCCAGAUUCUUGAUCCUAAGAGGUGGAUUUAAUUCUGGGAUGGAGGCUGGAAGAAUCUGGUGCGGUGCAGGUUGA